CCGCGCGCCGCCGAUCACUGAGCUCUGCCCGUUCAUGACUGAGAGAUUUGCGCGCUCGCGUUUAAAUACCGGCUUGAGCCGGUGAGGAGCUGCCAAAACAGGCAGUGGGAUUGCAACGACUGAGUCGCCGACCAGACGACAUGAGGGGGUCCAAUUCCCAGGGUUGUCUGGGUCCUAAAGUCUACCCAGAGGUGCCCGAGGGUGGCUGGGGCUGGGCUGUUGCUGUCUCUUUCUUCAUGGUGGAGAUCUCCACCUACGGGACCCUCAAGAGUCUGGGGAUCUUUCUUCAGGAUUUAAUGGAGGAAUUUAAGGAGAGUAACAGUCGGGUGUCAUGGGUCAUCUCCAUCUGUGUCUUCAUCUUUACUUUCACUGCCCCCUUGUCCACCGUCUUGAGCAACCGUUUUGGCCACCGCCCUGUUGUAAUGAUGGGGGGGUUCCUCAUCAGCUUGGGAACUAUCACCUCCGCCUUCACCAACUCCAUUAAUGAGAUGUACAUCACCAUUGGCAUAGUCUCAGGCCUUGGCUACUGUCUCUGCUUCCUCCCAACUGUUACAAUUCUUGCCCAGUACUUCUCCAAGCUGCGAGCCCUUGUAACCUCCAUUGCUUCUUCCGGAGAAUCUUUCGCCAUCCUUGCGUUUGCACCAGCCUUCAUGAAGCUGAAGGAGCAUAUUGGAUGGCGUUACUGUUUCAUUGUCCUUGGGAUUUUUCAGUCAUCUAUUAUUGGUUUUGGGCUUAUUCUUUGUCCAAUCGUCAUUCAACCAGAGCUUGAACAGGACGACACCGAAGUGGUAGAGUCACUCUCUCUGAAACAUAUUCAGGAUGUUUAUGAACUAGAAAACGAACAGACCAGAAUCUCCAUCAGUUCGGGAAUUUCCCAGGGUUCCGAGGACUCAGGCGUCACUUCCCUUUGUGGCUCGAAUGCUGAUUUGGGGAAUGCAGGGGCAGAAACCAAGGCAGAGUGGGAGCUGCAGGACAAAGAGGACCAGGAACUAUCUUUGUCCAACCCCCCUUCACCAAUCAAAGUGCAUGCUGAGUCUAAAGUAUCAGAUGUUCCUGAAUCAUCAAGAUCCAAACUCCUGGACUUCUCUGUCCUGAAAGACGGUGCCUUCAUUUGCUACUCACUCUUUGGCUUGUUCGCUACUCUGGGUUUUUUUGCCCCUCAACUCUACAUCGUUGAACUAAGUAAAAGCCACGGCGUGGAGCCCAGCUUGGCCUCCUAUAUGCUCUCUGUGAUGGCGGUGGCUGAGAUCUUUGGCCGUCUGUCCAUCGGUGUGUUGCUGAACAAGGUCUCUUGCAGAAAGACCCUGGUGUUGCUGUGGUGUGUUGUUUUUUUAUGCCUGGUGCUGGUGGCCUUCACCAUUGUUUGGGACUUUUGGGGCCUAGUGAUUUGCUGUGCUGUCUAUGGCUACUUCCUGGGCACAGUGGCCUCCACCCACAUCCCCAUGCUGGCUGAGGAGGAUGUGGUUGGCAUCCACAAAAUGGCGUCAUGUGUGGGAGUAUAUGUCUUCAUUCAGAGCUUUGCUGGACUUGCUGGACCACCUCUCGGAGGUGUGUUGGUGGAUGUCACAGAUAAUUACGGUGCUGCCUUCUACUCCUGUGCUGUUGGGAUGGGGCUCAGUGCAAUCUGCCUUGCUUUGGUUGGACCAAUUAAGUCCGGCAUGUGCCAAAAACUGAGAGGGGAGAUUGUCCAGCAGGACGAUAAAACUUCCCAGGACAACGACCAGCCUGACUUUUUGGAUGUGGACUUAGCAGUGGAGGACAGUCCCAUCAAAAAAUCUAUAGAUAAAGACAAUAUUUGUGGAGUAUGAGCCCAUCCUAGAAAUAGCUAUCAAAAUACAAGUCCAAUACACAGCAAGAGGCCACAGAAAUUCCAUCACUUAUCUACAGCUGCUGCUCAUUUCCAGUCUCAGGUGUCACUCACUGACUAACUUGAAGCAUACUCCUAAAUGAGACCAAAGAGAACCUUGCUGAAUACAUGGUUUCAAACCUUAAUAGAUAGUGUUCUGACACAUCUCCAUGUCUGCUGAUUAAAAGAAGUCUCACAAGCUUCUGUAACCUCCACCAGAAUAAGUCAGUUUUAUUUACAUCGCGCCAAAUCUCAACAGAAGUUGUCUCAGGGCACUAUAAACGUGGAGCUGGUCUAGUACCACGUGUCCAUCUCAACCCUACACGAGCAAACACUAGAAAUAGUGACGAUUUCAACCACAGCAAGACUUAAGUUGUGCAAGCCACGAUCCCUGCUCAUUUAGGGUUAGGCAUGCACCUUGUGAGCAUGUCUAAGAUAAUUAAGACUCAGAUGUUGGUGCAGAAAAGACUGAAAAAAGAAACACCACCUGAAGUCUUGGAUUAUCUGUUACCUGAGUGCAUAUGAAGCAAUGAAAAUACAAAAUCUUAUCUAUACAGAGCCCGUCUGACUUCUCUUUAUUAAAUGUGUUACGUUUGUAUAUGUCACAGCAAUAUGGGAUCACUUAAUCGUUACCUAAAUCAGGGAGCUCCCACUCACCUUUGAACCUGUUAGGUAAAAGUAAAUGCAGUCAGUGUUUUUAUUUCGCCUUAAAACCCCAUUAUUUUUUGUGGCUUUUGAUAAUGGCAUUGAUUUUAUCUGUACAAUUUUGUUAUUUUGAUUCUAGUUAUUUCUAGUAGAAUUAUCUUGCUACACAACAGCAUACCCAUUGGAGUGGAGUGAUGAACCUAGAUACGUUUUAUACACCAAAAUGCAAUGGUACAUGUUUAAUGAGAUGGGCAUGCAUGUUCUAUUAUGCAAAAGUGUGAAGGAAGCCUCUGACAGCACAAAGAUACUAUCCUGAAGUGAUCUUCACACACUCACUUGAAGUUUAGUUCACAAACCCUCUUGUAGUUUGUGUUUACCUUUUUAUUUAUAUUUCUAAUGGCCAUUUGUUCAUUUUUAAUGCCAGUUUUAAUUUUUUUAACAAGACAUGGCACCCAGCUGCCUGUUAGGUAUCAUUUUUUUUUUUAAUAAAACAAGGUGUAAAUUGAGAAAUGUG